AUGCAUUAUGGAAAUGGAGCUUUUAUUGUUUACUUAUUUGAACGGCUGUGCGAACUGUCGGAGGAGGAGCUGGGGGACCUGCUGGCGGCCGCGCAGAGUGUGGGGUGGCUGCUGAGCUGUCGAUACACCCGAGACGCCCUUACGGUGUCUCUACAGGAUGGAGCAGCAGCAGGACAAUCUGUCCCUCACUUUCAUUUGCACAUUUUGCCGAGACACCCGGGGGACUUCGAGCCCAACGACGAGGUGUACAGACACCUCGAGCGCACCUCCCAAGCGCCCCCCAGCCCCAGAACCGACUGUCCAGACAGACCGGCGCGCACGCAUGAGGAGAUGGCAGCAGAGGCCGAAGACCUCCGCGUUUUUGGCCAAGAACUCAUAAAGAAAAUGAAGCAGCAGCAGCAGCAGCAGCAGCAGGACCUGCAGCAGGAGCAGCAGUAG